UCCAGCCGUGGCGUAAAGCGCCGAGACGACCAGAGAAACAGAAAAUAACACACAAAUCAGACAACAGGUAGACAGACGACUCAGGGAGAGACAUACGGAAACACUCGGAGAACCUACAAUGUCAUUUAAGUACCCCGCUGCCCGGAGAGAUGAGGCUCAGGUGGAUGAUUAUCAUGGGACAAAGAUCUGUGACCCCUAUGCCUGGCUGGAGGACCCCGACAGUGAGAAGACAAAGGCCUUCGUUGAGGAGCAGAACAAACUGACCAUGCCUUUUCUGGAGCAGUGCCAAGUCCAAGCUCGGUUCCACCAGAGGCUCACUGAGCUCUAUGACUACCCCAAGUACAGCUGCCCAUACAAGAGAGGGGACAGGUAUUUCUACUUUCACAACCAAGGUCUUCAGAACCAGAAUGUGUUAUAUGUGCAGGAUGCUCUGGAUGGACCCGCCACUGUGUUCUUUGACCCAAACACCCUGUCUGAGGAUGGCUCCAUAGCACUAAAGAUGGGACGUCUGUCGGAGGAGUGUGAGUUUUUCGCAUAUAGCCUGAGCACCAGUGGCUCCGACUGGGAGACAGUGCAUUUCAUGAAGGCUGAUGACCUCACCCAGUUGCCUGACGUGCUGGAGAGGGUCAAGUUCAGCUGCCUGGCCUGGACCCAUGAUGCCCGGGGAGUCUUCUACAACUGUUACCCACUGCAAGAUGGGAAGGCCGAUGGCACAGAGACCACCGCCAACAUAAACCAAAAGCUCUAUUACCAUGUGAUGGGCACCAAGCAGUCACAGGACAUUCUCGUGGCCGAGUUCCCUGAGCAUCCUAAGUGGCAAAGCGCGGUGACAGUAACGGAUGAUGGCAGGUACGCCGUUUUGUCCAUCACUGAAGGAUGUGAACCUGUCAACCAGCUAUGGUACUGUGACCUUCAGCAGCUCCCCGGUAGCAUCACAGGACUGCUGCCAUGGGUCAAGCUUGUGGACAACUUUGAUGCACAGUACUCAUAUGUCACCAAUGAGGGAAGCAUGUUCACCUUUCACACCAAUCUGGAUGCACCACGCUACCGUCUCAUCAACAUAGACCUGCAGAGACCAGACAGGCAGCAUUGGAACACCCUCAUUCCACAGCAUGACAAGGACGUCCUGGGCUUUGUGUCCUGCGUGAACAAGCGCCACCUGCUGGUCAACUAUCUCAAAGACGUUAAGGAUAUCCUGCAGCUGUAUGAGCUCUCCACAGGCCAGAAGGUCAGGGAUCUACCACUGGACGUUGGCACUGUGGCCGGUGUGAGCUGCAAGAAGAAACAUUCUGACUUCUUCUAUAAGUUCACUUCCUUCACAACGCCAGGCAUCAUUUACCACUGUGACCUGAGCACGGAGACCCCAGAGCCCAGUGUGUUCAGACAGGUUGAGGUGAAGGGAAUCAACCAGGACGACUAUCAGACCAGCCAGGUGUUUUAUCCCAGUAAAGAUGGAACUAAGAUCCCUAUGUUCCUGGUUCAUGCCAGGGGCCUAAAGAAGGAUGGGACACAUCCGGUCUUCCUUUAUGGAUAUGGAGGCUUUGAGGCCUCAAUCCAGCCAUACUACAAGGUCGCUUACCUGCUGUUUGUGAGGCACCUGGGAGGAAUCCUGGCUGUGGCAAACAUCAGAGGAGGUGGAGAGUACGGACUCACCUGGCACAAAGCGGGUACCUUGGGGAACAAGCAGACAUGCUUUGAUGACUUUCAGUGUGCAGCGGAGUAUCUCAUCCAGGAAAAAUACAGCACAGCCAGUCGCAUCGCUAUCAACGGAGCUUCAAAUGGAGGACUGCUAGUGGCGGCUUGUGUGAAUCAGCGUCCAGACCUGUUUAGUUGUGCUGUUGCAGAGGUGGGAGUGAUGGACAUGCUUAAGUUUCACAAGUUCACUAUUGGCCAUGCUUGGACCACUGACUAUGGCUGUGCCGACGAUCCAGAGCAGUUCCAGUGGCUCAUUAAGUACUCCCCGCUUCAUAACCUGCCCCCCGCCCCCUACACUGGCCCUCCCUAUCCGGCCAUCCUGCUUCUGACGGCAGAUCACGAUGACCGCGUGGUUCCCCUCCACACUCUCAAGUACUGCGCUACCCUGCAGCAUGGGGCAGGCAGCAGUCCCACGCAGCGCCAGCCACUCAUGGUCAGGGUGGAUACUCGCAGCGGGCAUGGCGCCGGCAAACCCACUGCCAAGACCAUCCUGGAAGACACGCAUAUUUUCGCCUUCAUCGCUGAGACCCUUGGGCUUAGCUGGAGGGAGUAAGACAGGAGAACAAGGUUUGAGGAAGAAAGGAGGGAGUUUGAGGGGGAAAAAAAACAAAUGAGGAGGGUUAGGUGGCAAAGUAGUGGAGCUAGUAAGCACAAUUUUAAAGACAGGUGACGGUUAUUUUUUUUAAGUUGUUUAUCAACGUUUUUUUGUUUGUUUGUUUUUGCACAUGCUGUGUUGCUGACAUUGAUUUAUUAACAGGAAGUUUAAGAGGAAGCUGGCUUUUGUUUGUGUUUCCCCAAUUUGUUUUUCAUUUUGACCUCCCUGGGAGAAUUAGGAAAGAAAGGUGAGACAGAUGUAGGGAAAGAGAAGGAGAAGAGAGACCGAGAGCCAAGUGAGGGAAGGAAACAGUCAGGGCAAGGCAUGACAGAUAGAGAGGAUCACGGUGUGAACAACAAAGAGGUGAUAGUUUAGCGAGAGGUGAAUGGAAAAGAUUGCGAGGGGCAAAAAUUGUGCAUUGUUAAUUACGCUGUAAAAAUCAGGUGUAAUUAACCUGUAAUCUCUAUGUGGAAACAGCUCUUUAUUGCACUCUGAACAAUCAAAUGCACCGACAAAACAGUCUGAAUGCUUAGUUUGAGCUUUCAUUUUGUAUUCAAUUUGCCUUCAAUAAAUGUUUCUCUAAUUCUGCCAUUGUUUAUCUACUUUAUCUUACCUGUAAAGAUAUAUUAUAAUAUGUAUUUUUCUUCAUUUAAUGAUAUAAUUGUAAUUGUAUAAUACAUGCUCAAAAUAGAAAACCUG